AUGACGAACGUUCGAGCAGUUUAUGUAUCUCCAACUCAGGAGGGAUCGCCCAAAGAAUUCAGUUGUGCGGUUCCGUCGUUCAACUCUAACGAAAACAAAGAAGCAAUUAAAUCUCUAACUGACGCAAUAUUAUCACUUCAAAAAGAUAUUAAUAAUCACCUUACCUUGCAAUUAAAAGCGAGUG